UUAUCAGAGUAUAUUAUUUUGUUAUCAAGAACUGAUUUCUAGAACAGAUGUGAAAUCUCAUGAAAUUACUAAAACUUACGAUAAAUCGGGACAUUUUUUAAAUUUACUGAUAGGAAUUACUUGAAUCCCAGAUCUCUUCAAAUUCAGAAAAAUAAUGCAUUCCUUUCAUGUGGCAUUGAUAUUUGCCAGCACAAUAUUGCUUUUUAUAUCUAAAGGAAGUUGCCUUAGUAUAUUUGACGAGGAUGAUGAUGAAGUUGAAAGAGGAGAUAAAUUUAUAGAUGAUCUUCUCAAAGACAUGUUUCAUGAAAGAGGUCAUGAAUAUGAUCCAUACAAGUUAGAAGAUAGUCGAAUCGCUUUUAGUAAAAAGGUUAUGUUUGUAAAUGUUUCAGGAGAAGCUAAAUUGCAUAAUGGUUACAUAGAAGGUCUUAAAUCGUUGCAUCGUCCAGAUCAUUGUUCUCUAAAAGAACAAGAUGAUAGAUUGCGUGUAUCAGCAGAUUUAGGAGCUGGAAUAUUAGAUUUUUAUUAUGAUGGCACAGUAAAAUUUAUGAAUUGGGGACCAACCAUAAGAUGCCAUGGAGAAGUCGCAUAUGUUGAAACCCACAUGGAAUUUACUGUUGAUGCAAAAACAGGAAAAGGUGGAAAGCUAACAACAUUUACUAUUGAUGACAUGAAAGGAAUGAAAGUUUCAAUUACUGGUCUUGGUCCACUAAAUUGGGUUUUGAAUUAUAUGGUAAGUGGUGUGACUUCUUUGUUCAAGGGAUAUCUAAGGGGUCUGUUGGAAAAACAAGUGAGAAAUCAUAUUGCAGAAAGAUUGCCAAACUAUCAAUUUCCUGUUAAAGGAGUUGAUCCCACUCAACCUCCAGAAUCAACCCUUCAGCCUGAGACAGAACCAGAGCCUGAGACAGAACCAGAGCCUGAAACAAAGCCAGAACCUGAAACUGAACCAGAACCUGAAACUGAGCCGGAACCUGAAACUGAACCGGAACCUGAAACUGAACCAGAACCAGAAACUGAACCAGAACCAGAAACUGAGCCAGAACCUGAAACUGAGCCAGAACCUGAAACUGAACCGGAGCCUGAAACUGAACCAGAGCCGGAAACUGAACCAGAGCCAGAAACUGAACCAGAACCUGAAACUGAGCCAGAACCUGAAACUGAACCAGAACCUGAAACUGAACCAGAACCUGAAACUGAACCAGAACCUGAAACUGAAGCAGAAGGUGAUUCAAAUUAAAAACUGUCAUCUACGGAAAUUUAUGUAGGAAAAUGUUGAUAGUUAUCAUUUUUCAUUAGGACAAACUGCAACUAUCAUACUUUUCUUUCGAAAUUACUUUUAAAAAACUUGUUACUGAAAGUAUUGUACUGUAUAAAGCGAAAUUAUCACAGUAUCAAAUUAAAUUUACCUCAGUUCAAAUGCUAAAUAAAUUUCUGUAUUUAUAAAUUGA